AGAGGGGCGGCGAGCAAAGCUCAGCCCAGGUGGGAGGGACUGCGCUCCUGUUAAAUCCACGGCUCCCAGAGGACCCAGUCCUCGCACAGACUCACCCUUGUGCUCAUUUUAUGAGCUCAGGGUGCUCUUGGAGGUGUUGCAGCGAGAGCGGUGCACAGGAGAGGGGACAAGCAGCUGCAGCUCAGAUUCUUCUUCUGCUUGAGACGCUGGAUUGAAGAAGGGGUCUGAGGUCCCUGGUGGAGAAAGGGAGGCAAGGAGGAAGAGGAGGAGGAGAAGGAGGAGGUUUCCCUUGGACUCUUAAGCUGUCAAACCAGAAAACCGAACCAUGUCACAGGUCAUACAAAACCACGUGUUGCGCGUUGGACAGACUGUGUGUGUUUCCUCACAGGAGGAAACUAAGAGCUUGCACCCGGCGGGGUACCCGGGCUGCUCCGCGCUGCCGGUGGAGUACGCCUACUACUCAACGGAGGGCUGGGCUGACCCAUCCAUGAUGGUGCGCAGCAAUGCACGCCUGCUUCCCGGUGGACGGCUGUACGGAGCCCACCCCGUGUUCGAGCACGUGGCUGCCCACGCGCAGGGGAAGGGGCAGCAGGAGACCUCUUUGGAGAGACCCACUGCUCCCUAUCAGCCAAAGAAGGAGGAGGACGACACCGGCACGGAUCCUGAGGCUCACCUGGUGUCUCCUACCUUGGACAUAUCAAUAGAAAGCCUGAACCAGCUGAUUCUAGAAAUCGACCCAACCUUUCAGCCACUCAUGUGCAAGCCAGUGAAGGACACAGUCCAACCUGCUUCUCAGAGUGACACUGCUACCACCAAGAAACAAGAUCCGGAGGCAAUAGACAUCAAGUACAUAGAGAUGACACCAGGCAGAGGCACGUGUGGGGAGCUCUGGCAGGGCACCCCCCACCCCCCACCCAUGCCCUUCUCAAGGUCCCCCCAGGGCAAUGCCUUCCAGCCCCAAAAAGGGGGACUCAGAAGCAACUACAGCACCAGCAGCAACGUGGUUUUCUUGAGCCCACCCAGCCCCGCGAGCCCCCGGGCGGCCACCCCCAGCUGUGCCGCCUCCCCGACCUGCAGCAAAGGGACCGAGUGCAUCGCCGUGCCCCGGCAGUGCGUGGCUGGCCAGGUGGACAGCAUCUCCUAUGGCCCCGGCGCGCUCAGCACCUCCCCGGGCUUCGACAAUUUGCUGAAGCCUGUGCACGUGGUGAGGGCCCAGCAGAGGGGCAGCUGGGUCUCCCAGCUCUCCAUGAGCCCCGGCUCGGACACCAGUUACAUCCUGGGAAGCAGCACCCACUCGCUCCACAACGAUGACUCGGAUGCUCACCCUGCUGCCUGCCACGCUGCUGACUGCCCAUCCCCUGCCAGCUCCCUGGGCAGCCCCUGCCCACCCUCCCCGAGCAUCAGGUCCAACUCUGGAGAAGUUUUUGGCCUGAGUCCCCACCAGCCCAGGGCACCCUGCGCCACCAUAGCAAACACCUCCCCAUCCCAGAAGGGACAGGCCAGCAGCUGCCCCCCCUCCAUCCUCAACUCCACAGCCGACAUCCCAGUGCUGCUGGUCAACGGGUGCUUGGAACAAGGAGAUGCAUCUUCCAGGCCGGCCAAAGCCCCCCCAGCUUCUGUCAAGCAGAUCCCCCUUCCCAGCUGCAGCCCAACCUUGAGGCUUGGUGGCCUGAACAACGCGCUGUCGGCACCAGCACUCUCCUGCGUCUCGGACAGUCCCCUCAGGGCUGGGCAGCCAACCAUGAAGUUUGUGAUGGACACGUCGAAGUACUGGUUCAAGCCGAGCAUAACGAGGGACCAGGCGAUCCAGCUGCUGAAGGACAAGGAGCCAGGCACGUUCGUGGUGCGGGACAGCACGUCGUACCGGGGGUCUUUUGGACUGGCUAUGAAGGUUCCCGUCUCCCCAUCCGGCAGCCAGACAGGCGACGAGAGCAGUGACCUUGUCCGGCACUUCCUUAUCGAGUCGUCUGCCAAAGGGGUGCACCUGAAAGGAGCCAGCGAGGAGCUGUAUUUCGGGAGCCUCUCUGCCUUUGUCUAUCAGCACGCCAUCACCCCGCUGGCACUGCCCUGCAAGCUGAGCAUCCCCACCCGAGACCUCGCCGACGGCGAAGACAGCCCUGACUGCGCUCCCGAGUCCACGCCAUCCCUGCUGAAGAAAACCGCUGUGUGCAACGUCUUGUACCUCAACUCGGUGAACAUGGAGACGCUCACGGGAGCCCCGGCCAUCCAGAAAGCUGUCUCCUCCACCUUCGAGCUGGAGACGCUGCCCACACCCACCCUGGUGCACUUCAGGGUGACGGAGCAGGGCGUCACGCUGACGGACAUCCAGAGGAAGGUCUUUUUCAGGCGACACUACCCCUUGGCUGCCAUCAGGUUUUGCGGGAUGGACCCUGAGAACAGAAAGUGGCAGAAGUACUGCAAGUCCUCGAGGAUCUUUGGGUUUGUGGCCAAAAGCCAGACAGAUUCGGAGAACCUCUGUCACCUGUUUGCAGAGUACGACACGGUGCAGCCAGCAUCGCUUGUCAUCGACCUUCUCUGCAAGCUCCUGCCAGGCCCGUAGAGGACAGAAACCCCAGGACAGCUCAGGGCUGGCAGCUGCCACACGCUGCCGAGCUUUUGCCGCUCCCCUUUUCCUGCUUCUGGGUUGCAUUUUGGCAACGGCUCGUAUUUAUAUAUUUUUCUUACGCACUGUCACGUCAAGAGUCUCAAAGAUUUUAUGCUCUGGUGGGAUACGUUCCUCCGAGACCCUCUGCGGGGCAUCCCCUGGCAGUGCUCGCUGCGGCGGCCAGCGCAGGAUGGUUGCCCACGGGGAGCUGUGCCGGGCUGGGAGCGGAGCUGCGGGCUGGGAGCUGUGCUUACCGUACGGAACCGCUGCCUCCUUCGCCUGGCUCUGGAGAACUGAAAUAUUCUGGCUGAGAUUUCUACUGGCAGCGGGGGAUGCCUAUGCUUGGGGUGUGCAAGCUGAGGUCCAUUCAGUGGAGCUGAGCUCCCACCUUUGGGGACUCAGGCCCCCCAGCACCACGGGAGGGGAAGUUUGCUGCAGGCAGAGGGGGUUGACCAGCAUCAGGAGGCGGUUUUGCAAAUCAAAGCGUAUAAAAUCAUUAGGCCCUGCUGAAAACUCCUGCUUCCCUCAAAGAUCAAGAAGCAUCAAAAGGCAGAAAUGUCAGAGCAGCGUGGUUUUGCCUAGUGCUGGUAAAUUCUCCUGCCCUUUUUUGCAACGCGGGGUUACAGGCUAGCUCAACCUCCAGGCAUCACAGCAAGCUGAGAAAUAAAUGUUGACAUUUUCAUGACAGUAAAACAUUGGCUUUUUGGAAAUGACUUGCAUGAAUUUGGGCCAGAUCCUCAGAUGACGUAAAUUGGCGCAGCCUCGUGGAAGUCAGCGCUGCCGUGAUUUACACCAGCUGAAGAUUUCGCUUUUGCUGUAAUCGCGGAGCGGCUCCGAGCCCACCAUGCAGUCGCCUCCCUUGGCACUCGCUUACCUGGUGCCUCUGCAUCGCUUUAACGUUGCACCCUGCGCUAACGAACCCUGCGCAGGGGUAUUUGCAAUAAAGCAGUGGCUCGUUCGUCUCACCACAAACACCGCAGCGGUGUUAGCGACUGACCGACGUGACUCUGCUCGCUCCAGCUGCCCAGCGUCUGCAUGCGCUGCACAUACAGAAACAGUCGCUCCCCUCCAGCCGAGCUGUGGCAACGAUAAAAAGAGAUACUGGGGUAACUGGGGGAGAAUGGGGGGAGCACCCAGCUCCAGGAUGAGAAGCUGACAGCUCUGCCCCCCCCAGGCCAUCUGCCCGAAGCUCUGCUCGGCCAGAGCCCAGCACCCAGCCCAGUGGGCUCCGUGUGCUUGUGCCGU